CAUGAUCCUUGAGGUCCCUUCCAACCCGGGUCAUUCUGUGAUUCUGUGCAGCACAGGCUGUAUGAGCUGCAUGGAGAAUCUCGCUGAGGUGAAGCUCUGUUUGCUGCAGCACUGUGCUGUGUGGCAAUCUCAGAGAGGGCGAAUGGAGCUUUAAACAGCAGCCUGCAAUUAGAUCAGAUUUAACAAGCUACAAUGAAACCGUACUGUCACUUUAUGCCUGCUUCUUGCAGAAGAUGCUGUCGGAUUCUGCUCAGAUUAUUUAGCUUACUUUCAGACUGGCUGUAAGCAGCACGUAGCUCAGGUAUCAUGCUUUAAGGGAACAAUUGUAUGUUGUUUUUUUACUUUAAAUGACAGUUUUCUGUGCUAUUUUUGUUCUCUGUCACAGAAUCUUUCCUGUUUAGAGUUGCACAGAUGCCGUUAGCUAAAGAAGAGGGUAACUGUAGGCCGGGGAUUAGAUCUCACAUACCAACUGGUGUCCAAAACCUGUCCCUUGAUGAUUUCUCGUAAGCACUGUGUUUUUCAGCAAAAUGCAGAAGGGCAGUGGACUGUUAAGGAUAAUAAGAGUCUAAAUGGAGUUUGGCUUAAUAAACAGCGCCUGGAUCCUUCAAGAACCUAUCCUAUAGCAGAAGGAGACCGUAUCCAGUUGGGAGUGCCUUUGGAAAACAGAGAGACUGCUGAAUUUGAGUAUGAAGUAAUUAAAGAGGAGUGGGAGAAAAUCAAACCCUUUUUAGCCCAAAGGAGUGACCUGGGGAAAGCUAGGACCUCAAGACCUAAACGUAAAUUUACUUUGGAAGAAUCGGAGACAUGUGGAUCAGAAGGCCCUUCAAAUUCCAGAUCCAAAAGGGACAGAGUGUCGUGUGAUGGAGAACCUUUGAGUAAUACAUUGGGAAGAGUAGGAGAGGCAGAACAGUUGACAGACAAGGGGGUUGUCAGGCUGCCCUCUCCUGGAUCAAGUGAGGACGAUGGUGGUCCAGUGCGUGGUAGCCUUGAUUGCUCUGAGAAAGCUGUGGCUGUUGCUCACAAGGACCAGAAACACUCCGCUCUUUCUCAGUCAUGGACUGGCCUGGAAAAGCUGAGGAAAAAUCUCACAGAUAUAAAGAAAUUAAAAGUCAAAGUGCAGGAGAAACAGACAGCAGUUCUGAAUGCGAAGCAGAAGCGCAGGAAGGCUGCUCAGAAGACGAUCCUAGCAAUGGAAAAGGAACUGCAAGAGUUGCAGGACAAACUGUGCACAGAACAAGUACAGCAUCAGCAGCAGGUGGAAGAGCUGGAGAGGACAUUCUCCAAAGAGAAGCAGAAGCUAGAGGGAGUAAAAGGGCAGGAUGGGGAAGAGAAUCUGAAGGAGCAGCUGGUCCAGGUUCUGCAAGAGCAUCAUGCUUUGAUGGAAGAACUGAGCCGUAGUAAAAAAGAUUUUGAGGAGAUAAUUCGAGCCAAGAAUAAAGAACUGGAGGAAACCAAAGUGGAGAAAGAAAAAGUAAGAGCCCAAAAAGAAGAAGUGUUGAAUCAGAUGAAUGAUGUGUUAGAGAAUGAGCUGCAGUGCACAAUCUGUUCUGAGCACUUCAUUGAGGCAGUCACUCUGAACUGUGCACACAGCUUCUGCUCCUAUUGUAUAGACGAGUGGACAAAACGCAAAGUGGAAUGCCCUAUCUGCAGGCAGGAGAUUAAGUCAAAGACACGCUCUCUGGUGCUGGAUAACUGCAUUGACAGGAUGGUGGAAAAUCUGGAUGUGGAAAUGAGAGAGCAUCGCCUGACCUUGAUCAGAGAGCGGAAAGAGAAACAAAAUGCGAUGGUGAACCCAGCCACGGACAAUGACAGCAGCAUCGUUCCUUCCAUCUACUCCAUCUUGUCAAUCAGCAAUUGUGACAGUGAGGAGGAUUCUUACUAUAGUGGAAGCUACUGUGUUAUCUAAACAAUAUAACUUCAGGAUGAUUUGCCUGAAUGCUAACCAGAAACAACUUAAUGGAAUUUGGUUUGUUACUGCUGGAUGAGUGGACUGGGCACCUGGAAGGAGAGAUUCUGUGAAGAAGCUGGAACUGGAGCCAAGAACUAGCAACAUUUGGAAGAAUGACUUUAUUUUUUAAGAGAAUGUACAGAAGCUUGAUCUCUCAAAGAAGACUGGGAUUGUGGGAGAACAAACUGCUAUUAUGCUAUAGAUGGUUGAUAUAUAAAACCUAGGUUUCCAGGAUCACUUCUGACAUACUCGGUGUGGUGUAUAUGUUUCAAUGUGUCACUGCUGUUUUCUGAGUGAAUGACGUGUUUGAAUGUGUAAACCAGUUUCCCUUACUUCAUCCAGCAGGGAGCAUAACAAAAGAUAUUUGAGAACUUGGUCAUUUACACCAGCUAACAGGAGAGAUAUAUUAGAAAAGCAUACGAACAUGGGGUUUUCCUCAAGAUUUUCAUUUCAGCUGGAGUAAUCCUAAGGCUUUCUGCCCAUUAAGUUAAAAGGUGGGUUAUGGACCAUGUCAACCUUAAGCGCAUAAAUAUGAAGUAAGGUGAGUUGCUGGCUUGUUUGUUCAGUUGAUGUUACUCAUUUUCUGUUGGAUGGGGAUAGAGAAGAUUAAAUCUUCCAGAAUUCCUUAGUUUGUGCUCUUUUCAUACAACAUCUUUGGUUUGUUCCCUGCGUAAAGAGUUUUAGAACUGUGAAACAGCAUGUCCAGAAGUUAUUAACAGUGACUUCAGAAAUACUUUCAGUUCUUGUCAGCAAUGAAAUGUGCUGUUGACGGGGUAGUUAUGCAGCAUCUAUAGGCAACCACAAGUAACUACUUAGUUCUGUCAUUUACAAAACAUUGCUAUUGAGCUGUGGCCUUGCUACCCUCAGAGUUCAUCUCUAAGACAAAGCAAGUCUUGCUCCAUCCUAUCGCAUCUCUGAAAUAAUAUGAAAUUGUCUAUGAAAUUCCAUUUUCAGUGGCAUAUGUCUUUGACUUAACUUUUACAUGGGCCUGUUACGUCACUGUUAGUGGAGGAUGAGGGAAGCCCUCAUUUGUAAUAUUUAUUUGGCUGUUUGUAUGUCCUUUCCUUGUUUCUGUGUUUAUUUUGCUGAAGAAGGAAAACAUAAAUCCAUUUACGCAUUAGUCUUCCUUGAUGCAAACACUGAGAUAAAUGUCUUUCUCCUUGUUAUUGUUGAAUUUAUUGAGAAAACCCAGAUUGUUUCUUUUUAAUGACUUUGCUUCAUGUUUUCAUUGCUGUAGUAGUUUGACUGUUUUAAGAUUAUUUGAGACACCGUAUGCAGGAAUUGAUAAAAGAUGUCCUAUCUCUUCAAGCCUGUGUUAGCAGUAGCUAUCUUACCAGUAAUUUAGAACAUACAAUUGUAUCUCUUGUUUUCUCCUACUAAAGAAAGAUGCCAUUAAAAAGGAGCAUGAAUGAUUUCCUAA